GGGACGAGCACCGGGACGUCCGCGGCUUCUGGAGGCUUUUUUUUUUGUUGUAAUUAUGGGAACGUUUCCUCGUGCGACGCCAAAUGAGUCCUAGACGCCGCGCCGCCGCCGCGCUCGCGCUCGUCGCCUUCGCGGUGUCUCCACUGCUGCUGGAGAGCACGACGCAAUGUCACAGGAUGGAGGAGGAAGGAGGAAGUGGGAUCCCAAAUGGCACGUUUGAGGGGAACUGUCCCGUGAAGCUGACCUCCGGCCUGACCCCUGCGGCCUCCGGGGGGAUCUACUCUGAAUGCGUCACCGUGCGAGUCACGCUGAGGGCCGAUGAUUUCUACAAAGCCCUGAAGAUCGAAGUUCUCCUCCUGGGCCUGACGAGUGAAUUACAGAUAAUUAACCCCAUCUUGAAGAAGAAGAAGAAGAAGAAGAAGAAACAGAGAAAACCAACAAAGUGUGACAAUGAGAGCAGGCUGGGCGUCACGUGUAACUGGGGACGCGGUGUCGCUCUGUGGGAGCUGGUACAUGAUUGCGUCGAGGCCGAAGCGAACGCUGUCGUUUCUGCGUCCUUCAGCACGACGGAGAGAAGCUGCAGCGUCAGUUACAAAGUGCCAGAUCCCAUCCCACACUUCAAUCUCUCUGUGAACCAGUCGUCUAAAUCCGUCUCCGUCACCGUGGAGCCCGGAGACGACAAAGUUCACGCCAGGUGGUGUUACCGGAAAUAUGCACCGGCGUGCACGGCAGAGGACCCGUCCCCUCCAAUCACUAUUGAUUCGUCCGUGUCCCGAGUCGCUCUUCUGAACAUCCCGUACCUGCUGCCCUGUGUGUGUGUGCAGGUGUACUAUGACCGCACAGACUCCAAGCGCCAUGUAAAGUGCCCGUUCCUGAACCAGAGCCUGUCAGACGUGGGAGACAUCUGGCUCUCCUCUGAGGUCACUCUGCACGAGUCGAGCGUGACGUGGAGCUCCCCGUGCUCCGCCGGUGACCUGGAGCUCUCUGCCUCCCUCUGCUGGAGGCGACAGGAACACCUCUGCACGCCGGUCCUCAACUCCACCCUGCAGGAGAUGGAAGAUGGAGCAGACCUGAUGUACAACACGUCUGCGGUGGACAAACACCCUCAGAUGUGUCUGCAGUUUUCUCUCCGAGGCGGCGACCAUAUCUCUUGCCCCUUCGAUGCCGAUAUGUCCUCGUGGGAUGUGGCCAUCGGACCGGGCAGGAAGAGCGUGUACCUGUACCUCACCUCCCCUGUUCCUGCAACGUUCUCCGCUCAGCUGUGUGUCCUCGACGCGAGGGGAUGCUCUCCCGUUGGGCCGGUCCACUCGGUGACGACGGGAAAUAAUUCUGCCGACACGACGAUGAACGUUCCCCUUCGCCUGGUUGCAGAGGAGCCGUGUGUGCAGGUGUGGCGGUCAAAUCCCGUUCUUCACGGUCGACGAGUUCUCUGUCCGGACUACACGCACAACCGAUGGGGCGUGUACGCCGUGGCGGCUUUGGUGUUCGUGGUUAUUGUCGCACUGCUGGGGAUUCUGACCCAGCGUCUCGCCAAGAUCGGAGCUGCAGGUUGGCUCUGCAUCCAGGAGCCGGUGUUGCUGGUGUGCACGUCGGAGCGGUCGGCCCACAUCUCCGCCGUGUGCUCGUUGGCCUCCAUCCUGCAGGGAGAGCUCGGUGCCAAAGUGCACCUGGCUCUGUGGGCCCAGAGCUCUCAAACGCAGGCCGGGACCGGAGUAGCGGAUCUGGGUCCGCUCCCUUGGCUGUACGGCCGGUGGGAAGCGGUGCGUGAGGCGCGGGGGAAAGCCCUCAUCGUUUGGAGUCCCGACGCCACGAGGACCUACGUGAAGUGGAGGGAGGAGAGGGCGAGAAUGGAUCAGAACGAGGGGGAAGUGGAAGAUCGCAGCGGAGCGGAGAAAACCAGAGUGGAGGUGGAAGAGGAUUUGAAAUUAAACGGAAGGAGACUGUGGAAAUGCAAAAAGGAGAAAGCUGCGGGGCGUGUGAAAUCCUGCGAGGAGAAAGACUGGAACAUCCAGAGGGAGUCCUCCACGGUGAUAGCGCCGGUGUUCACCGCUGCUCUGGCCUGCCUAGAGGGGGCGCUGCAGGAGGGCAAAGGUCAAGGAGUGGCCCUAGUCUACUUCCAGGGCCUUUGCCACAGAAGGGACAUCCCAAAGACCUUCAGGGGGGUCCCGCGAUACUGCUUACCCCAGGAUUUCCGGGGUUUGAUACAGGAGCUGGGAGGCAUGAGAAGACUGACGGAAAGCGGUACCUUCCGGUGGCACUGCUGGCCCAGACUGCUGUCCAAAGCGCUGUCCGUGUGGCUCGCGCAGCGGCUGGCGAGCAGGCUGCAAACGCUGCUGCUGCCGCGGACGCAGUGGAAGAGGAAGACGCCGGGGCCGAGCGUCGCGUCAUCGCCGGAAGCGACAGAGGAGCGCGAGCCGCUCCGCGGGGCGCCGCGGCGAGCGGAGGCCCUCUGAUCUCCGGUUUCACGUGUCCGGUGGGGGGGGCAGACUUUUGUUCUGCUGGAAACACGACACGAACACAUGAGACACGGGCAGCUGGCGUUCCACUGCGAGCCAGAACAACGUUUCAUUACUGGACACCAUCGUGUUUAAAAAAGAAAUAAAAAAAAUGGGAGAAGGCCGCCACUCGUUUUGCAUGUUAAGAGUAGGGGUACACGCUCCUGCAUUCAGCCCCUAGAAGAGGAUCUUCAUGGGGCUUUUUGUGACUGAAGCCAGAGGGAACACCUGUCUUUUCAUCUGUAUGUAAAUCACAUUACAUCCCAGUCUUCUAUUGUUUGAAAAAAUCUAAUGUUAUGACUGUAUACAGGAACACGUUUUUAUAAACAGGGACGUUGAGCAAAAGCGGUUCCAAGAUUCCUGAUAGAGAUAGAGAGAUAGAGGCAACAGGUGGAAAGAUUAAUAAGCAACUGGCAUUGAGGUGUGCGCCACCAUUUGGCAGUUAAAUCAUGUGGUCUUGUGUCAUAAUAUUGCCUUUUGCUAUAGGAGACCUGUUAUUCAAUAUGUGCACAUAUUACCUCUUAAAAACAAAGUAUGAAUGCCAAAAAGACAAAAAGUUCCACCCUUACAAGCAUACUGCACAUUUGAUUGGCAUUAAAACAUUUUUUAUGAAAGAUAAUAUAAUGGCUCCACGGUGGUGUAGUGGCUAGCACUGUCGCCUCACAGCAAGAGGGCCGCGG